GCGAACAUUGAAUGACAGUCAACCUGGAAACUUCACUUCAUGUAAAUAAGGUUAAAAUGUAAGGAAACAUUCACUGGCUGUGCGAGAACAUGGCUUCCCAAGCUGCUACUAUAAUUAUUGAUAGUGGUGAAGAGAGUGACGAAGUUGUCAGGAUAACGCGGAARAAAUCUCCAUCAAGCAAGGAUAAAACUUCAGUUGUGUUUGUCCCUGAUGGCGAUUAUGAAGGCGAAGUCAUCUUUGUUGAACCAGAAGAUUACUCUCCCAAAAAGAAAAUAAGACUAGAAGAGGAGAGAAGAACUUCAGAGUUAAACUCUGAUGAGCAGAUCACCUCAGAUUUAGCUGUGACAUUUGAUCGCAAAGGAGUUGAAUUUCCACAUGCCAGGGAACAUUGUAGAUCUCAUAGUUUUGAACGGAUUCCGGUUGGUUCAUCAAWGCCAGCAAGUGGAUCCAACAAUGAAAAAUAUUGUGAGAAAUGCUACUGUUUUGUCUGCGAUGAGUUAUCCAGUAAGUGUGAAAAAUGGAAAGCUGGUGCGCAUCCCCAUUGCAAUAGCUAUGCCAAAAAUGCCUAUUGGGAGAGGCAAAGAAAAUUGCAUAAACUUGAUAACAAGGAAUCCCACUUUGAACCAAUCUUGUCAUGUGUUGACAUACCAUUUGAAAAUGUCUUUCAUGAAUUGAAGAGGGCAGAGAUUUCAUCAAGGGAUUUCUACCAUUCUAUUGAAGAAAUCAAGCAAUCUAUUAAUGGUGCUCCUCCAGUAGAGCGUGAGUGUACUUGUGCAUGUCAUUCUUGGGGCAGCAGAGGUGAUAACUGUGCAUGCUUAUGGACUCAUCCAUUUAAUAUAUCACAACAGAGCUUUGGAAGAUAUUCUGUAGCGAGAAAAGUUGAAUCAAUACUAAGCAACAAAUGCUCUAAAGCAGCUGAUAUGGCAUCAAARCAUCUAAAAUGUACCAAUGSUAAACCAUCAUCAGCCAUUGUUGUCCUYGAUAGUAUUACAACAGGAUUAUUUGCUCUUGAUUCAUGUGUUAYUUGGAGUGUAAGACCAGACACUAGGUCAAUGUUUACUCCUCUCAUUCCACUUUGGUUGGAAGCWUGUAUGCAUCCUAAAGCUGAGAAAAGUCUGGUUGAUAUGGCAAAGAAAAGAGUUGAAAAAGCUGCAAAAUUUGGUGACUCCAAAUUAUUCUUGUAUCAUGCUAAAACACUCAACAGAUUGCUGAACGACUUAAAGCCAAUGGAUGAUCCUGCCAUAGCAAAGUACUUACAGGGACAAUAUGGCCUGGAAGAAAAUAUAGAGAUUGCCGAAGCCAGAGUCGCAUAUCUCAAAACAAACAAGCUAUUCAUCGAGGCUGUCCAUUACAUUCUAUGUAUAAAGGUGACAAGUUCAUCAAAUGGUUCUCAGUUAGUUCAUCCUUGUCCCCCUACAAAAUGGUGUGAUAAACCUAGUACACGACUAGAGCUUAUUGACCUGCUCAUCAUCAUUGGCAAAUACAAGGAGGCUAAGAAUGUCAGCCUUUGGCCUCUGAGAAUACCUUUACCAAGCAGUCUCACCAUGCUGAUUCCUUAUGAAGCUGGGAAGGACAAGACAUAUUCGUACCAUUCUUGUGCCAUUGCCUCUCUGAAAACCAGCAGCUUCAAGAGUUUGAUAACUGGUUUAUUGUAUGACAGAAACUCCUGCAGUAACAAAGAACAGUCCAACAAGAAGCUGUUAGAAGUUGUUUGUCUUGUAUUGCCAUUAUUAUUUUUGAAAAACAACUCAUUGGACUGUUUCCAGUUCUACUUUGAGAAGUUUUUUAGUGAUGGUGUCUCCAGGAUCUUUAAAUAUGCCACAUUAGAAGUUAUCCAGGAUGUGCAGAAAUGUGUAAGAAACAUCAUCCCAAAAAUAAAACGUGGUAAACCGGUAUCAUUACAAGACCUGAAACCUAAAGAAAGUAGAAUUCUUCCUGAGAAGCUUGAAUGGGUUUGUCUAUCACUACUAGUAAAUCCUGAUUUACAAGACAGGAUCUUGGCUCCAGAGAUCAACACUCUUGUUGKCAAUAUCUUACCUAAGACUGGGAGUCUUCUGAUACCUUUGGAGACUAUGGAGAAGUGGUACAUUAAACUCAAUGGGAUACUGUACUUUAAUGAUCUUUUUCAACUUGCCGGUAGAAUAUUAGAGGAAGGAAAUAAACUAAGAGAUGGAAAGAAGUCUAUGGAGACAAAGACUAAAGCUGUGAACCUCUCACAGAAACUUAGAGAAUCAAUUCUGGUUAACUCUCUUGGUCAAGAGCAGAAAUCUUUGAAUUACUUACUGAAAAUGAUAGAAGAUAAAUUUUCUUCUGAGGCAGCCAAGCUUGGAAUCAUUGAGAACAGCACUAAAGACCUUGAGAUGAAAUUCUUAUCAGAGCCAAGUUUUGAGUCUCUGGAGAAUGUUAGAAAGGCUUGUGUUGAUGACGAUGCUUGGAAGCAAAAACGUGACAUACUGCUACAGUUUCUUGACAAAAAUGCAAGUAAAUUUCAAGAAGUCACCAUUGAGRUUUACUCACAACUAGAAAUGUUUGACAAAUUAAAAUCCUUUUUGUCAAAGCGACAAGACACUAAUUGUGAGAAGACUGAGAAGACAAUUACCAUGAUUCAAGUCCUUCUUCAACCAGGUUCUUCUAUCAACUCUGUUGCCAAGAGAACKGCCUUUGUAGAAGCAACUCAUGAGUACAUUGCUUCUUGUCUUGUCUUUGGAUCAUUUGAUCCCUGGUCUUUCAGGAAAAGAUCAUCACCGGUAAUGGAGAUCAUCUUGUAG